UCUUGCCUCUUUCUGAUUGGUCCACAUUACGGAAGCGUGUUGUGGCGGCGUAAACAAGAGGAGACAGGAUGGGCGAAAGAAUCGAGCGAUUAUCACUAAUAAAAAUGUAAACAACAAGCAAACAAAUAUGUUCUCUGCGGGAGGGUUUGUACUCUUCAGACCCGUUACACAAACCUAAUUAUCCGAAUGAGUGGCGGAGGCUGGUUUUGUUCAGCUUUUUUUAAACCUGGUUUGCUAAUUUUGACGGGAAAAAAAGUUUAGAGAUGCAGUGUGUCGUGACGGGAGGAAACGUGAAAGUCCUGGCCAAAGCCAUCCACUCUCUGUCCAGGAUUGGAGACGAGCUGUACGUGGAGCCUCAUGAAGGAGACGGGCUGGCCCUGCGGUCUGUGAACUCCUCUCGGUCGGCUUAUGCUUGUUUCCUGUUUGCACCGCUCUUCUUCAGCAGGUACUCCAUCCGCAGAGGGCUCGACUUCCGCUGUAAGAUAGCCAUAAAGAGCGUGCAGACGGUGUUCAGGUCUGUGGCAACUUUAGAGAAAACGGUGGAAAAGUGUCAUAUUGAGCUCGACGAAGCAAAGGACCGCCUGACUUUCACCCUGCACUGCAAACACGGCCUCCUAAAGACACACAACCUGUCCUACCAGGACAGUGAAAGCCUACAGGCCGUGUUUGAUAAAGACAGCUGUGUGAACGUCUUCAGAGCUCAGCCCAGAGUCCUGGUGGACACGGUCGUCCACUUCCCUCCGUCCGUGGACGAGGUGACGGUGACGGUGAGCGAUGAACGGAUGUGGGUCAGGAACCACGUGGAGGACGAAGCAGAGCGGUCCAGAGCCAUGCUCACUGAGAUGUGUCUGGCUUCAGACGAGUUCGACCAUUUUGAGGCCAAAGCUCACAACAGCAUCACGUUUUGUUUGAAGGAGCUUCGGGGUUUGUUGGUGUUUGCAGAGUCCACCGGCCUCCCUGUGUCUGUGUACUUUAACGAGCCAGGCAGCCCCGUGGUGCUUUCAGUGACAGACAGCGUCCUGGAGGGGAACUUUGUACUGGCCACGCUUUCAGAUGAUCACAACGUCCAGGACAACGAGAGUCGAAGAGCGCAGGCAGAGCCGCCGCCUCCCGACGACUUCAUGAACGACGACAUCGACUCUUAUCUCAUCGCCAUGGAUACCAGUGUCGCACCGGGUCCAUCCACCGCAGAACCAUCCACGUCCUCGGCAGCCGGUCACAGGACCAGAAAGCACAGCGAGGAAGAGGAGGGAGAGGAGGAGGAGGAGGAAGCGACGGACAGACCACCUAAUAAAAAGUUCCGCUCCCUCUUCUUCGGAUCGGUUCUUCCUCCGUCCCCUCAGAUGAGCACGCAGCCGGUGACGACACAGGAAGUGCUGGCGAGCGACAGCGAGGACGACGCUGAGGCGGAGUGACGGUCAGAGAGGGAGAGCGCCGUUACACCUCGACACCUGGGGUACUUGAAGCAGAAUUUGAACAUUUCGGACCCUGCGGGGCAGUUUCUGAAAUGGGCCUGGUUGAACACACAGAGGGCAGUAUUUCAUUUUUUAUUUUGAACCGAGGACUUUUCACAGUGAACUUGAAAGAAAAAGACUGUGAUUAUGUGAAACUAAACAUGAACCACUUCGGUUUAUUUUUGUUUUUUUUCACGAAGAUGUUCGAUUUAGAUCCAAACACAGGAAAUAAACUUGCUUUUCAUACUA